CCGCGUACAGCCCGGCCCCAGCACUGCCGCCGCGGUUUCAGCUGCCAGGGCAGAAGGCGAACGCCUCUCCCCAGCUCCAGCACCGGCUGCCCGGCCCAGGCGGGCUCCGCGGAGGCUGACGAGGAGCUGCGCUCCGCAAUGGAUGAAGUGGGAGCGCAGAGAAGGCCCCGUGGGUGCGACGCCUCCCACACCCCCACGCAGGGCGGAACGCGCCGCGCGGGGCCGCGUUGCGCGGGGAAGAGUGCGCGGCGGCACCGGCCGGCGGCUGAGGGGGCGGGCCGCCAUGGCGGUGGACAUCACCCUGCUCUUCAAGGCCAGCGUGAAGACGGUCAAGACCCGCAACAAGGCGCUAGGGGUGGCGGCGGGGGACAGCGCCAGGGAUGAGCUGCUCAAGCGGAGCGCUACCCGCUCCAAGAGCGACUUCACCAGCCGCGCCCGGGAGGUGAUUUCUCAUAUUGGAAAGCUGAAAGAUUUUCUUCUGCAACACAGAAAGGAUUACAUUAAUGCUUACAGCCAUAUUAUGUCGGACUAUGUGAGGAUGACAGAUACAGAGCGUGAUCAGAUAGAUCAAGAUGCUCAGAUAUUUAUGAGGACAUGUGCCGAUGCCAUUCAUCAGCUGAGAACAGAAGCACACAAGGGUGUCCAGUCUGCUCAGGUAAAGGAGCACAGAACAGCUGUCUUGGACUUCAUUGAAGAUUACUUAAAAAGAGUGUGUAAGCUGUAUUCUGAACAAAGAGCCAUCCGAGUUAAGCGAGUGAUAGAUAAGAAGAGACUGUCCAGACUUGAACCUGAGCAGAGCAAUGUGUCCAAGUCACCUCUUUCCCCUGAAAAAUCUUCACAGAAUCCUGUGGAUGAUUCUGAAGAAAAGCUUUCUGCUGAGGAAAGCAAAGACAGGAAUCUGCCUGAUGCCCAAAGUAACCUCGGAUUAUGGGGGGAUGGCAAAGGUGAAGAUGAGCUGUCACCUGAAGAAAUACAAAUGUUUGAACAGGAGAACCAGAGACUUGUUGGUGAAAUGAAUAAUCUCUUUGAUGAAGUCAGGCAAAUUGAAGGAAAAGUGGUGGAAAUCUCCAGAUUACAAGAGAUAUUCACUGAAAAAGUCUUACAACAGGAAACUGAUAUUGACAAUAUCCAUCAAUUAGUUGUGGGUGCAACAGAGAACAUCAAAGAAGGCAACGAAGACAUAAGAGAGGCCAUCAAAAACAAUGCUGGAUUUAGAGUAUGGAUCCUUUUCUUCCUUGUGAUGUGUUCAUUUUCCUUGCUUUUCCUGGACUGGUAUGAUAAUUAAAAAUAUAAUAUUGCCUACAUGCUUUGGUUGUAGAACUUUUGACAUUUUUUCACUGGAGCAGGGUAUAUGGCAUACCUGUGUACAUUAUGCAUUUUUCAUACUGCUACGAUGGAAAUAUUUCCCAAUAAAUAAGCACGUGUAUAUAUCCAUUAGUGCCAAGGGAGCUGAUAGCAUUCAUUUUAACUCCCUUUAUCGAACAUAAAACCCACACUUAAUACUGCAGAGAACAUAGAAACAUUUGAAAGAGCCAGUAAGAAAGCUGCAAGCUGAAGCAGAGCUAAUGGUAAAAAAAACCUGAUAAUGGUUUUAUCAGUCACCCCCACACCUGUGAUGUUUCUGGUCCAGCUCCCAGUGUGCAGACCAGAUCAAGACAAAACUCUUACUGUGCAAAAGCAUCUACACUGUCUCAGGCUUUUAUUUAAUCAUACCACUUCAGUACAUAGUGAGCAUUUUGCACAUGUAUGACCUCUACUUCUAAUCCUUUGAAACUGCUCAAGUCAGAGAUCAGGUUGAUUUAGUAGUAAUAAUAAUGAUAAGAAGUCAACUAAAGAGGCUUACUUCUAGGUGAAAAGAGAGACUACAACACAAACAAAUUGUGCAGUGAAACAUCUUCCGGGAUGUUGGAACAAAGCCAAAGGAUAGACAAUAUUAAAGCCAAAAUCUUCAAAGUACUAAAAGUGGGAACAAUUUGUUAACUAAAAAAAACCCCCCAGUCUCCAAACCAACUGUGGCUAAGAAUCAAUAAACUCCCUCCUGUGAAAUCAGAGGAAAAAAUGGUUUUGACUUCAAGAAGCAUAAGCAACUGUUUCUCCUAGAUCAUAAAGCUUAGUAUUUUUUUUAAUGUUUAUUGUCAAGAGAGAGAGAAAUAAGUUGUUUCUCAUCAGUAUUUACUUGUGCAUUGAAGUUUUUAUUGUCCUAAAUUUAUGGGAGGACAUGUAUCAUGAAUCAUUUUUAUCUAGGACAGUCUUGCGGAACAGAUCUUUCCAUCUUGUAAAAUCUGAAUGUCCUCUGUAAAUAUGUUGAUAUGAAAUGUGUGUUUUGCUAUGUCUCUUCUGAAAUGUUUAUUUCUAUACAUUACGUUACAUGCAACAAGCAGCAACGUCCUUACUCUUUACUCUGCAGAGUGAAAAUGUCAAAAGUUACUUGUGAGUUAAUUACAUUCAAUAAAGCAUAUGCCUAGUAGAAAAUGCAAA